AUGGUUAAAGGACAACAAAGCGAUGAAGACCAAGUGCAUGUAGAAGCAUCAGCUAGCUCAGACGGGGAUAGUGAUUGGAGUGGUCGGAUUCGCGCGUCCAUCGCCCGUUUGAUGGAGAUCGAUGGCAUUAACAUGGACCCAGAGAGUAGCGCUAAGAUAGCGGAGAAGGCAAAAGCUAGGAUGGUGGAACAGGCCUUCAAUGAACGAGUGGAUCAGCUAGAAGCGGCAACUGUGACUGCCCAUAAGGAAUAUUCAGACAGGUUGCGGCACGUGUAUUCCGCCUCAACUGCAAAAAAGAUGAAGUUGACGUCGGCGGAACCUCUGCGUACCACUGCGAUGCAGUCUAGAAAUGACUACGAAGCAUUGGAUGCAUUAGCCAUGGCCGCCGCUUCUGGCGCUCGACACGUUAACGAGCAAGCGGCGUCUAUGAAUUCGAUGAAGGGGAAAAAUGCCAAGCGGACAUAUAGUCUACUUCGCAACUCGCUGCCCUUGCGCGAUAGAGCGAGUAAGCAUAUAUGUUUUCAGUGGUUUGGUAAUUAUUCAUCUAAGCUAACUACGAAUCUGCUGCACGAUUGUCUGCGCUUGUCUCUAGGUGACGGAGCAGCCACGAAGCGAAGCCCAAUACAAGUUCACGACCCGACAUUAGCCCAGGCAGUGGACAAGCUUACCAACAAGUUGAUGCAGCUCCUCGUGCAGCUUGAAGCAGCAUCGGAUGCUGCUGCUACAGUAGAAUCCAUCAUGGCCGCUGUAUCAACGAUCGCCUCGGAGACAACGGAAAUGGGUCGCGUUGAGGAAACGGCCUUGGCACGCAUUAUGGAGAUUGAGGAACACCGUCUGCAGAUUAUGCAGGGGCUCCUGGAAUACGCAAAACGCAAGGAAGAGUGGAAACAUGACCAAGAGGAAACAAAAGACAGCGUAGUGGAUACAUUCGCCAGUACGUCGCUAUCGUCCGACACUAAUGCCAACGAUACCGAGGCCGAUGAAAAGCACAUUGAUACACACACAGAGACACUGGAACAUUAG